AAGCUGCUCCUCUCGCUUCACCUAAUCCCAUUGUCUCAACCUACGCACAUUAUCUCUCUCUUCAUACAUUUAUUCCGCCAUUAAUUCCCCUGUACCACCAUCUCUUUUCCUCUCUCUGUCUUCUUGGAAUUUUUAGAGAGAGAAAGCACAGAGUUUGGAGCACACAGAGAGAGAAGAUAUGCCUCUAGCGCGAUUUCAGUUGAGCAAUGUGUACGGAUUGGGAUUACCAGAGCUGUACAAAGAAGCGAACCGAGAAGAUCCAAAAGCUGUGCUUGAUGGUGUUGCUGUCUCUGCUCUGGUUGGGGUUUUGCGUCAAUUAGGCGACCUUUCUGAAUUUGCAGCAGAGGUUUUCCAUAGCCUACAGGAAGAAACGAUGACCACGGCUUCUAGAAUCCAUAAGUUGAUGGCUCGUGUAAAACACAUCGAAACUGCAGUUCCUCCGCUUGAGAAGACCAUACUAGCCCAAAGAGGCCACCUUCAUUUUGCUUACACUGCUGGUACUGACUGGCAUGUCUGCAUCCAAAAUGAACAAAAUCACUUUAUUUGCAAAGACUUACCACGAUUUAUUAUGGAUUCCUAUGAGGAGUGUCAUGAUCCUCCACAGCUGCACUUGCUUGACAAAUUUGACAGUGGCGGCCCAGGAUCUUGCAUAAAGAGAUAUUCAGAUCCAACCUUCUUUAAGGGGGCAUCAGCCAGCCCUGAUAGAACAAAUGCUGAGAAAGUACCAAAAAAUAAGAAGGAUCAUAGAAUCAAGAACAAAAGAACAUGUCAGAGAAAUGGAGAAGUGUCAUAUGGUACAGCAAUAUCAACUCAAUUUGGCAGAAUGCAAUUUGCUUCUUUAGGCAUUGAUGAGCAUUCUACUCAGACUGUCUCCACAUUUGAUGUUACAUUGAAAUCUGACCUUGGAAAGACAUCAAAUUCUUCUGAUUCAAGAACUGAUUCGGGCUACAAAAAAUGUGUUUUCCAUCCAAAAAACUUCAUGAAACCUGAAGAUCACGAGUCAUCCUCUCCUAGAUUAAAGAUGCUGCAGCAGCAGCAGCACUCUGAUACCCUUGAUUCAGCUUUUGUUGAUAAACGUAUUGGAGCUCUAGAUGAUUUUCCUAGGAGUUCAUAUCAGGGGCAAACUGGCCGCACUUCAUCUGAUGUCACUUGGGAUGAAAAGACAGAAAUAGUGGAGCCUGCAAGGGAGCAGUGUGAUCGUAGUAGAACUUCAGAGAUGUUCCCAACAAACUUUGACCUAGAUACUCAGGAGAAAAAUGCUGCUAACUUCAGAAGUGUUGAUCAAAUGGAUUUCCAUUUUGUUCAUGACUACACACCAGCAUCAAUCUUUGGUGAAAACCAGCUUGUUGAUAUUGAAAGUGAACCCGACAAGUAUAUGGAUGCACUUAACACCAUUGAAUCAGAAUCUGAAACUUAUUUAGAUUGCCAAACAAAGCAAGAACUGGUACGAUCUUCCAAUUUUAAUGAUGAAGGUAAAGAAGAUGGAAUGCAUGGGCUUAGAGCUCAUAAUCCAGACCAUCGUCUGUCAGAUUUUGAAUCUCAUGCUCCAGCUUAUAGCUUGCCAAAUGAAGGAACAUCAUAUGAUAAACCUGACUCAAUCUCUUCAGAGUCGUAUGCCCAUCAAUAUUCACCUCAAAUGGCUGGAAAAUCUUCUAAUCCCAGCAAUACACUGGACACUGGUUUCUUUGUAAAUGCUGAUAUUGUUGGUGGUUCAAAGAUAGAAUCUGUUAUCAGCAAUAUGUCGUCAUACUCUGGCUCCCUAAUCCCAAAUGUUGAUGAUUCAGGUCAUAAUGAUAGAUUUAAUCAUGCCCAUUGGAAGAAUUUGAAUGAAACUGGUGUAGCAACACCUGGAAUUAAGCAGUCAGUCACUUCACAUGUCAAAGCCUUAUCUACUGAAGCCAGCCAGGAGGAUGGUGAAAAUUCAACUGACAAGUUUGGACUUUCCCAUAGAUUACUUGUAAAUGGUUUCCCAAGAAAAGUAUUACUUGUUCAGGAUGAGAAUCCUGAAUCUACUAGCUCUGUGAAAUCUGGUGUUCUUGUGCAGAAGAGCAGGAACCAAUCCGUUGAAACUAUAACUUUUUCUGGGACACGCUUCAAGGAGCAUUUUGGAGGUGGACUUCUAGUAAUUUCACCUCCUUCUUCUCCACCACUUGAACAUAUGAAGAUAUCUUUGCAGCCUGUAAAUGGCCUUGAGAAUUCCAAACUCACACUGAAGUUUCUGGAUCGGAGUUAUUGUAAUGAAAAUAGUGAAGACAUGUUUCGUACAUUUCAGUUGGUCCCAGAGCCAGUUAUUCCACUGAAUGAUGAUGUUUCAGAAAAUGACAAUGACGCAUCUUAUAGAUCAUCUCCAUGUAUGUCUGAUGAUUGUCUUAGCCAUCACUCUUCUCAGUCAAAUCCUGAGCAGUGGGAAGCUAGCGAAACUUCCCAAAACAAGGACCAUGAAUUUUAUUAUGCUUUAUUCAAAAUCUCAUCUAUGGAUUCUGUUUCUAGUUCUAUGGAGCUUGAAGGAAGAGCUGGGAGAAGCAUCGGUAUUGACUCUGGACUUCAAAGCCCCUAUGCUGGAAACGAUGGUCAUUUGCUUGAUCUUCAAAGUUUCAAUACUUUGAACCCUUUAUUUGAGCAGGAAAUAAACAAUGAUGCAAAGGAUCUCUUAGAGUUGCACUUCCUUAAGGAGCCUACUCCACAACCUCCACCUCUCCCGCCAUUGGAAUGGCGAGCUAUAAAAUUCCAUUCAGAUGUGGUAGAAAAUAAGCAAGAUGCUGUAUUUGAAGCGCUCAAUCACGCAUUUAAUAUGGAGCCUCUAGGAUCUACCAUUUCUAUGCAGUCUGAGCCAAUCCCAGUUAAACAACGACAACAGAAACAAAACAUUGAGGAACUCAUUGCAUUUCCACUGAAGUGCAAGCAGCCAGAACAGCUGGACUUAAAUGGGCAGAAAGGAGCUGACCAGACGACGAAUAGCAAGAGCAUGGAUGAAAAUAAAGAUUUCCUACAGCAGAUUAGAACAAAAUCAUUUAGUCUCAGAUGUUCCACGACAACACUGCCGACCGAAACACCUAUGGCCACCACUGCCGAUGUUAAAGUCGCAGCAAUUUUGGAGAAGGCACAUGCAAUUCGCCAGGCUGUUGGGAGCGAUGAUGGAGAAGAAGAUGACAACUGGAGCGACACUUGAUUUUAUUUGGACAUUAUUGUACUGUUUAGUACAUGGGAAAGCAACUUCAUGUAAAGCUGUGUUACAUAUAAUAAGUGAAUUUCUGCCGACAUUGCGACAGGCGGCGACUGAUGGAGCCUGUCGCACAUCGGCAGGCAGGCAGGCCUAGCAUUGAUCAUGUAAAUAAUCCCAGUUCCUUUAUGUAAUUCAUUUGUAGGGCUUUUCUUUAGUUCCCCUGGUAGAACGUUGCGUUAAAAUAGGAGUUCCACCACCAUGUAUCAUAAUAUUUGUGGCUGUUAUUUAUAAAUAAUAUCUGAGAAUAUUUCUCUCUUUAUGGCGACAAAAAUCAUAGUCCCAAAAUAAUAAUAAUAAUA